CACCCACGUCUCAUCUUCUUCUUCCUCCCUCCCCCUCCAGAUCCACCCACGCGCUGCUCCUCCUCCUCCUCCCGCCCCGGCAGAUCCCCGUGCGGCUCCGGCUCCUCCCGCGCCGUCGCGGCAGCUGCAAGUCGACGACGACCUCCGCCCCUCCGCCGCCGCCCUCAUUUCCGAGCUAUAACCCACACGUGGCCGGUGGGUUUGGCCCGCCGUGAAAUGAGCCCCCUCCCUGCCGGAAAGGUCAGCUUGGUGGUGGUGGUGGAAAGAUUGGAUUUUGGUUCCACCCGUCGCGUGCCCGCGGGUUUCGUCUCGAUCAGUUCGCUGUUCCGAAAGGAAUCAACUUUGCCAGCUCUCGGUUCGGUGACGAGGGAGUAGGGCUAGAGGUGCACGGCUACCGGAGGAGGAGCUAUGGCGGAGGCGAUGGAUGGGGGCAGCUGGGAAGACAUGCUGAGGAGGAUCCUCCCGCCGGGGGCUCCCAUCCCCGAGGCGCCGCCAAACCUCGAUUACUCCAUCGCUCUCGAGUACGACGGCCCGCCGGUGUCGUAUGAGCUGCCCAGGGUAGACCCCGUUGAGAUCCCCACGGCGGAGCCGGUGUCCGGUCCGCAGAGGCUAGGGAAUGGAGGAGGGUUGCCGGUGGCGCCAAUUGUUGAGCCUAUUCCUCUUCCAGUGUCCCGGAUCGCCCGAUGCGCAGAGCCCGUGUCAGCUCAUGUUGGCGGCAGCUCGGAUUCGGUCGAUUCAGUCCUGCAGAACGAGGAGUUCGAUGACGACGACGACUCCCGUUCAUUGUCUCAUGAUUCAGCUCAAAGUUCACCAGGGCCGCAGGACAGAAACCACCGUAUGCAGGACGGGAGGAGAGGUCCUACGGUGACCUUUGGGUUCACGCCGGACAGCAACUAUGGGAGCAGGGAGUUCGGUGAGAUGUCCGAGCAGUACGUUGCGGUGACCAAGAAGGAGAAGAGGAGGAGGGCGUGCUACCGGUGUGGGAAGAGGAAAUGGGAGAGCAAGGAGUCAUGCCUUGUAUGCGAUGCAAGGUACUGUGGCUAUUGCGUGCUGAGGAUGAUGGGUUCAAUGCCAGAAGGGCGCAAGUGUGUCACUUGCAUUGGCCAGCCAAUUGAUGAGUCCAAGCGGUCAAAGCUAGGGAAGAAUUCAAGGACCCUCUCACGGUUACUCAGCCCCUUGGAAGUAAGGCAGAUACUGAAAGCUGAGAAGGAGUGCCAAGCAAACCAGCUACGACCUGAGCAACUUAUAGUGAAUGGUUGUCCAUUGAGGCCAGAUGAGCUGACAGAGCUGCUUAGUUGCUCCCGGCCACCUCAGAAGCUGAAGCCGGGAAAGUAUUGGUAUGACAAGGAAUCAGGUUUAUGGGGAAAGGAAGGAGAAAAACCAGAAAGGAUUAUUAGCUCUAACCUUGGCUUUACUGGGAAGCUUCAGGCCAAUGCCAGUAACGGAAAUACACAGGUUUAUAUAAAUGGAAGGGAAAUAACAAAGAUUGAGCUGAAAAUUCUGAAGGUUGCACAUGUUCAAUGUCCUCGUGAUACUCAUUUUUGGGUUUAUGAUGAUGGUCGGUAUGAGGAAGAAGGACAGAACAAUAUCAAAGGAAAAAUAUGGGAGUCGGCUUUGACACGUUUUGCAUGCGCAUUGUUUUCACUUCCGGUGCCUCCUGGGAACUGUAAUGAAACCAGAGAUGAAGUUCUCUAUUCUGCAAGAACUGUCCCUGAUUAUUUGGACCAGAAAAGAAUCCAAAAGCUACUGCUUCUUGGACCAGAUGGUGCUGGUACAAGCACAAUUUUCAAACAGGCUAAGUACUUGUAUGGGACAAGAUUCACUCAUGAAGAACUUGAAAACAUCAAACUGAUUAUACAAAGCAAUAUGUUCAAGUACCUUGGAAUUUUGCUAGAGGGCCGUGAACGUUUUGAAGAAGAAGCUUUGUCUAGAUCAAACUGCACAAUUUCAGAGGACGAAGAAGCCCAACAAGAUGGAAGUAAAGCAAAUGGCUCAAAUUCCUGUAUAUACUCGAUAAAUCCAAGGCUGAAGAAAUUCUCCGAUUGGCUUUUGGAUAUCAUAGCGAUGGGUGAUUUAGAUGCUUUCUUCCCUGCGGCAACACGUGAAUAUGCUCCAUUCGUUGAUGAGAUGUGGAAGGAUCCUGCCAUACAAGCAACAUAUAAAAGAAAGGAUGAAUUGCAUUUUCUCCCUGAUGUUGCUGAGUACUUCUUGAGCAGGGCCAUUGAGGUAUCAAGCAAUGAGUAUGAACCUUCAGAGAAAGAUGUGAUCUUUGCUGAAGGUGUAACACAAGGGAAUGGGUUGGCUUUCAUUGAAUUCGCCCUCGAUGAUCGCAGUCCCAUGUCUGAACCUUACAUUGACAACCCUGAGGCACAUUCCCAGUCACUUACCAAAUAUCAGCUGAUUAGAGUAAGUGCCAAGGGCAUGAAUGAUGGCUGCAAGUGGGUGGAAAUGUUUGAGGAUGUUCGCAUGGUGAUAUUCUCUGUAGCCCUCAGUGAUUAUGACCAAGUGGGACCUCCUGUAUAUGGCAGCAAUCGGUCUCUUCUGAACAAGAUGAUGCAGGCCAAAGAGUUAUUUGAGUCUACGAUUCGGCAACCAUGCUUCUGCGACACUCCUUUUGUUCUGGUACUCAACAAGUAUGACCUCUUCGAGGAGAAGAUCAACCGCGCACCUCUAUCAACCUGCGAGUGGUUCAGCGACUUCUCCCCAGUGCGGACGCACCACAACAACCAAUCGCUAGCCCACCAGGCGUACUACUACAUCGCGGUGAAGUUCAAGGACCUGUACUACGAGCACACGAACCGGAAGCUCUUCGUGUGGCAGGCGCGUGCCCGUGAUCGCCAGACAAUCGACGAGGCAUUCAAGUACAUAAGGGAAAUUCUCAGGUGGGAGGAUGAGAAGGAUGAGAACUUUGGCUUGGAAAUGGACUCAUACUACAGCACCACUGAAAUCAGCUCCUCCCCUUUCAUCAGAGCUGAAUGAACUAUCAGUGGGGCGUCCAAACGAUUUCUUGCAGCCUGGUGAAGAGUGCUGCCUUCCUUUUUUUUCCAGAUGGUAUAGAAAACAUUGAUGGUUGUAUAUUAACUUUAGAUUAUUUUACAGGUUAUCCUGAUCGAAAUUGUUGUUCUCUCUGAAGAGAAUAGGAUCUGUUGGUCCUGUUGUUGUGCUGGCCUGUACUAAUUUUUCCGAGAAAAAUGUACAAAGAAAGAAAAAUCAAUUGUGUGAUAUGUCUGUAAUUUCUGGCAAAAUGCAAUUUUAUCAACAACAGAAGAGUCUUUCUUAUA